AUGCAACUAGCGUUUCUGGACUUUGAAGCCGCGUUCGACUCUCCUCACCGAGGCCGUCUUCUCAACGCGCUUCGCGCCGAUGGAGUACCAGGAAAGUUCGUUCGUUUGCUCGAUGACAUGAAUCAACGAACAACUGCUGCAGUUCGAACACCAGCCGGAUGUACAACACCAUUUGAAGUGGUAACUGGAGUAAGACAAGGGGCGGUGGCAGGACCCUUCCUGUUCAAUUUCGCCAUCGACGCCAUUAUGCGAAGAACAGUCGACCAGUGUCCUGCCGACAUUGUCUUGGCACCAUGA